GAUCUCGUAGCAAAGUACGUGUCGUUUAUGACAUAUCGAAACGGCAUGGCGUUGGAAAAACUGUCUCUUGAAGAAACCACUAAAAGCAGAGCCAAAAUUGGAGAAUACCAAACGACUUCAAAACUUUAAGCUUUAUUCAAGGAAAAAAAAAAGCUCUUCUUCAAUGGAAAAUGUUCCAGCUUCCUCCCCGACCAAACCACACUUUUUCCAGCCUCUUCUUCCUGGAUUCCACAGCCACCUCGUACUCUCUUUGUCUCAUUCACUCUCUUUCUCUGAUAUGCAUGAAUCUGUUUAUUUCAUCUCUGAUCUCUCUCUCUCUCUCGAUUUCUUUAAUUUGUUGCAGAACAUUCCCAUGGCCUUCUUCUCAAGGUACAUAGAUGGAACAAAAAACGAGGGCAAUGCGGUGGUGAAGCUGAGAUCGAACGCUUCUGAUAUAAACUGGCAAGUGAAGAUGGACGGUCGAAGACUCACCCAAGGCUGGCAAAAGUUCGCCACCAGUCAUGAUCUUCAAGUCGGCGACAUAGUUGUUUUCAGACAUGAUGGAGAUUUAUUAUUCCAUGUCACAUGCUUGGGACCAAGCUGCUGUGAAAUUCAAUAUGAUAACGAUGAUGAUGUCAUUCAAAUAUCCUCUGGUACGAAUUACCUCUUUCUGUUACUGUUGAGUGAAUUAGUGAUAACCAGUAUUGGCCAUCGGCUUAAACUUGAGCUCAAUUUAGUUGUAAUUGGUCAAAUAAUCAAUUAUUCUCAACUCCAAGAUUCAGUUUCUCAUUGUUGCCCAAAAAAAAAAAAAAAAAGAGAGUCUAAAUUCUCAUUCAAAGCUGAAACAGAUUCAGAUUCAGAUUCGAAGAAGAAUGAGAACACAACAGAAGGAGGAACUUCAUCAGAUCACUCUUGUUUUAUAACUCGUGUCACCGAGUCAAAUCUAAGCAAAGAUAUGCUGGUAAAUAAUUUGCUACUGCAUUUACAAAUCUUGUGCUUAAAGAAGAGUUUUCAUAGUCUCUGUAAGCUUUUCAGUUUCUUCCUAGCGACUUCUCAAGGUCUAAUGGUCUUAAGAAACGUCAGUGUGAUAUCACUCUGUUGAAUGAAGAUGGAGAACCAUGGACAUUGUUCCUGACUUACCACAAAUCACGAUUCAAUCGGGUUUACAUAAGAAGUGGUUGGAGAAGUUUCUGCCUCGCAAAUGGGAAAAGAGCCAACAGUGUAUUGACUUUUAAACUUGUGCAAGCUGCUACAACACCUGUUCUCCAGUUAUGUUCUUCUUCACUUUCAACGAGCCAAAACAGAUUCUUGACACUAACUCUCACACCAUACAACCUCAAGAACGAUAAACUGUGUCUACCGAUGACAUUUGUGAAAGCGAAUGGUAUCGAGAAUGAAGAGAAGAUAACUCUUGUGGAUAGGUAUGGUAUCAAAAGGACGACAAGUCUUAAACUUGAGGACGAAUAUGGAAGAAUGAGAUUGGGAAAAGAGUGGAGAGAGUUCUGUGAUGUUAAUGGAGUGAAUAUAGGUGAGUCCUUCAAGCUGAAACUCAUCAAGGAAAAAGAAGAUACAGCUACUCAUCUACUUAAGUUCUGCUCCAAAGUCUUUCCCUGAGUUUGUAUUGCUUCUGUAGUACCUACUUGAAAUGUAUUUUGUUUUGUGGUUUUUGGCUGGCUUGUAACAAGGCUUUCACGGUUUGAGAUGAACAACGGAAAGCAAAUACAUUUGUUUUUCCUUAAAAAUUUCAUUGGCAUUGUAAACAAUUUGUUCAUCUCAUCAAAAGCUUCUUUGGUGCUCUAAGUUGGUUCAAACAGAUCAUCACACUUGUCUGAUUCGAUAGAUGUCAACAUUUGAGCUGGCUGGUUCUUUUCAU